AUGGCUCCCACAGAGAACGCAACGACAGCCACGACAGCCACUCCCGGUGCCCCUACGGGCUUGCAGAAAGCGGUCCGAUGGCACCCUCCGUCAUAUGACAUCAGAGUCGAGGAAAUCCCGAUCCCCCAAAUCGAGCACCCUGACGAUGCGAUUGUGAAGAUCACAUUGGCUGCUCUUUGCGGAAGCGACCUCCACAUCUACCGCGGUCAUGGUGGUGUCAGUGAAGUUCAUACCUGUGGGCACGAAUUCAUCGGAGAGGUCGUUGCUCUUGGGUCUAGCUUUGGCAAGGAUGUGAAAGGACGACCGGCACUGUACUCCAGCCUCAAAGUCGGAGACAGGAUCGUAUCCCCGUUCACUGUUAACUGUGGGGAGUGCAGCGUUUGCCGGCUAGGAUAUACCGGAAGAUGUCCAGAAGGCUUUCUAUUCGGAUCUCCCGCUCUAAAUGGAGGGCAGGCACAAUACAUCCGCGUACCCAAAGCCGGGGGCACUCUAUUCAACCUUAGCGAUCCGUCGACCUGGUCAUCAAGUAUGAGCGCCGAGGAGAGAAAGAAUGCCCUGGCCAAUCUCUCUGACAGUUCCCUCUUGAUGUUGGCCGACAUUCUUCCAACGGGUGUCUUCGCUGCCCUGCAGGCUAUAAAUCAUCCCAAAGUGCAACCGGUAUUGACUGGGAAGCCGUGGCCUCUGUGCUUCACGGGAGCUGGUGACGGGGUUAGCAUCCUUGAGGAAGACAGGGUAUUCACGGCUGCAAUCAUUGGACUGGGGCCUGUCGGUGUCUGCGCGGCCAUCAGCUUACUCGACACAGUUUCGACUGGAAAGAUUCCAUUCCGUAUCAUCGCCAUCGACCCAAACGCUGCGAGGAGGGAGAAGAUGAAAGUAGUGUAUGACACCAUUGACGCCAGCGGGAAGGCUGGCGGAGAGUUUUCUGUGCUGUCUAUCGACGAAGCCAAGGCGAAGGCCAAGGAAUGGACGAAUGGUGUUGGAUGCACCGCGGUUCUGGAGGUUGUCGGAAAUGUCAGCGCCUUGAAUCUAUCCUACGAACUGGUCAGCGCAUUUGGGGUGAUCGUCUCGGUUGGUGUCCAUGGAGAGCCACCUCUCCCCUUCACAGGGCGGCAGGUGUACAACAAAAACGUCUCACUGGACUUUGGUCGAUGUCCAGCCCGGGCUAUGUUCCCUCCAGCCUUCGAUCUAUUAGUGAAACGCCAGGACAUUUUCGGUAGCAUCGGUGAGCCCGCCAGCCUCAUUGACAGCGUUGUAGACUUCGGUAAGGCUGCGGAGAGUUACAGUGCCUUCGACAAAGGAGAGGUUGGGAAGGUGAUCUUCGAUCCUUGGAAGUAG